UCCUGUAGAGCAAGAGAGAUAGGAGGAAAAGAAAAACGACAGAAGAGAGAAUUCAUUCUUGAAGCUUGAAACCGGAGUGAUUUUUUUUUUAGUACUAAGAAAAUGGCGGCGAGUAUCAAAGGUGUUUUUAAUGACGAGCUGCAAAAUGCUAUUUUAAACAGCAAAAUAUUAGUUGUGGGUGCCGGUGGGAUCGGCUGUGAAAUCCUCAAAAAUCUGGUGAUGACUGGAUUUAAAGAUAUUGAAAUAAUUGAUCUGGAUACAAUUGAUGUAAGCAACUUAAAUCGGCAGUUUUUAUUUCAAAAACAACAUGUUGGUAAAUCAAAAUCUGCGGUCGCACGUGAAACAGCGCUAACAUUCAACCCUGAUGCCAAAAUAACUGCCUACCAUGACAGUAUUACUUCAUCUGACUACGGAUUAAAUUUCUUUAAGAAAUUUUCUCUGGUAAUGGGAGCUUUGGACAACAGAGCAGCCCGUAAUCAUGUCAAUCGUAUGUGUUUAGCAGCUGAUAUUCCUCUAAUUGAGUCAGGAACAGCUGGAUACAAUGGACAGGUCGAGUUGAUUAAAAAAGGAUUAAGUCAGUGCUACGAAUGCUUCCCGAAACCUCCUCAGAAAACAUUCCCAGGUUGUACAAUCCGUAACACACCUAGCGAGCCUAUCCAUUGUAUAGUUUGGUCGAAACAUUUAUUCAAUCAAUUAUUCGGUGAGGAAGAUCCCGACCAAGAUGUUUCACCAGACACAGCAGAUCCUGAGGCUGCCGGAGAUAAAGCCGGUGAAGAAGCUUUAAACUCAAACGCUAAUGAAAAAGGAAACGUCGAGCGUGUGUCAACUCGCUUAUGGGCCCAUUCGAACGGUUACGAUCCCGAGAAACUUUUUGCUAAGUUAUUCCACGAUGAUAUUAAGUAUCUGCUGAGUAUGGAUAAUUUGUGGAAGAAGAGGACGCCUCCAACUCCUUUAGAUUGGAAAAAUUUACCCGAUGAAGUCGCUGGCUGCAGUAAAGACACCGAUGAGAGAUUAAAAGACCAGCAGCGAUGGAGUAUUGCUAAAUGUGCGCUGAUCUUUGGCAAAGCCCUUGAAAAUUUGAAGAACAAGUUAGAAGAACUACGCAAAAAAUCACCAAAUGAUCAUCUAGUUUGGGACAAAGAUGACCAGGAUGCCAUGGACUUUGUUGCAGCCUGUGCAAAUAUUCGCGCUUACAUUUUUGGUAUUGCUCAAAAAUCUCGCUUUGACAUUAAGUCAAUGGCCGGUAAUAUUAUUCCCGCAAUCGCUACUACAAAUGCGAUAAUUGCUGGAGUUGUUAUCUUACAUGCAUUCCGUAUCUUGACUGGUAACCUGAAAGCCUGCAAGUCUGUUUACCUGAGACCGCGACCCAACCAUAGGAAUCAAUUCUUGGUGCCAGAGAGAGAAGUUAACCCGCCUAAUCCAAAGUGUUACGUGUGUGCUCCAACUCCUACCGCUGUUCUGGCUUUAGAUACCACCAAAAUGACAAUUGCCGAGCUCAAUGAUUCUGUACUGAAAGAAAGAUUAAAUAUGAUUGCUCCAGACGUUAUGAUUGAUGGUUUGGGCAAAAUUAUAAUCAGCAGUGAGGAAGGUGAGACGGAGGAAAAUAAUGACAAAAUACUAGAGGAGCUUGGUGUUAAAAAUGGAUCGAUACUUAAGGUCGAUGAUUUCCAACAAAACUACUCACUAACUGUUAAUAUCGUUCAUCGCGACAAGCCUGCAGUGCGUGGAGAUGUUCCCGACUUUUUAGUGGUUGCAGAUGAGCAGGAUCUCAAACCCAAGGAGGAAGAGGAACCUAAGAAAGAUAACCAAGUGCCAUCGACUUCCAACGGUCAGGUCACUGACAUAAUUGACGAUGAUUUGUUAGAAAUAAUUCCAGAUGAUGAUGACGAAUUGAUGGAAGUUGUAGACGAAGAAGAAUUACCAGCCAAGAAAAGAAAGACUGUUUCACCUGGACGGGAAGUCCCAUUAAUAAAGAAACGAAAAACUGAUCGACAAGUUUCUGAUGAUGGGGAUGAUUGCUGCGUAAUUGAAGACACAAAUGAAGUCACCUGUAUUCCACAAAAAAAUUCGCUGAAAAGAGUUCACAGCUAGACUAUUUUAAGACGUUCUUUCUAAUUUGUGUGAUGAUUAACAUACUGCACUAAAUUUAACAAUAAUGAUAUUACUCUUAAACAGAUGAGUUUUAUAAUGACUAAAUUCAGUAUCAGUUAUUUAUAUUAUUUCGUUUACCGGUCUUAAUGCAGUUAAUCGUUAUCUUUUUGUAACAAUUUCACAUAAAAAGUAAGUUUGUAAUAAAUAAAU